AUGGAAGCUGAAGCAGAGAGAAGUCAUAAAAGGAAGUCCCCUUAUAGUUCAAGACAAAUGCCACCAGCACGACGAAAUCUGUCGCCUUAUGAUGCAUCUCCAUCCUCGUCUCAAGCAGGGCAGCCACGUACAAGGCAAGAUUAUAACCAGAAGACGAAGGAUCAAUUGUUUGAGGCAGAGACAUUCCCUGCUCGAGAUGGUUUCAACAGCCAACAACAGCCGGGAUGUCCUUAUGGCGACGAACCACCCUCAUAUUGCCUGCACGCCUACGAUGCACCAUCGAGCAGUCGACCUAGAAGCAGCCAGAUGCCCACACGUCUCAAUGUCUAUCAGCAGCCUUCAUAUAGCUGCUCGUCCCCUGAAACCAUAGCUUCAAACACACGGUUCCCCUUUGACCAAUCUUCAUUCAAAAACACCGACUUUCGACCGCUCAUCCUUCCCCAGAUUGCUUUUGGAGAAGGAGAGCCCUUCUUACGAGGUUACAGUUCUGAGAUGGACAGAUAUGGAAUCUCAUGCGAUCAAUUCCUUCGAGUGGUGGAUGUGAUUAACGUAGCCCGUACGCCUAACCCUGAGGUAAAAUUAUUCCAAAUGGGUGCUGGCAUUGCUGGGUGGUUCGUACCUGGCGUUGCUAGUAUUGGGCUUCUUGCAGGUCAAGCCGGCGUUGGCGUUGCUACAGCGUUCGGCCAUGCAUCAAUAGUUUCCGAGGCAUUAUCGAAGGCCAACAUGGAGCUAUUUUCGCCCAAUGGACUCAAAAUAUGUAUCAUCACGACCGAAGACCUUAAUACGGAAUUGGGCAUCUCCUCCUAUGGAAUACGAGACAUGCCCUAUAACACGUCACCAGUUGAUAGACUAAGUACUUAUGGACCUCGAAUCGCCUUUGUGAACGAGAUCCUACCAGACAGAUCAGACAUGGAACGACAAGAUCCUCUGGCCAAAGCUGGUCGAGCACUCAACAAAAGGGCAAACAAGAGAAAGGCCCAAGAUGCGCAGGAGAGGCUAGACAAAGGCGAAAAGAAGGACAAGGGAAAACGGCGACUCUUUAAGUCAUAUGAUGACAUUGAGUGGCUUGUGGUAAAGCUGGCACCUCCACUGAACAAUGCUGCCUUCCUUGUCUUCCUGGCAACCCUCCGAUCGUCUUUUGCAUAUGCACUUCCAUCAGAAGUAAACUUACGCCGCCGAGACGAUUCGAAGAAUGUCACCCAGCUGCAGAUCAUCCCAGACGUUGACUUCAACUUCAACGUCAUGGCGACCUUGGCCACAGCUCCUUACCAGGGAGCAGACAUUGGAGAGAUCCUAGUCGCUGCAAGUCAGAUCAAGACGGGAGAUUUCGAAAGCCACUACAAAGCAUACUACGACCUUGCGACUCGUGUUCACGAUCAAGCAAAGGCAAUCGACUGCAAGAAGCAUCCUGUUUCUGCGCGAAAUGCGAUCAUGUCGCUUUGGAAGCAGCAGGCCGACGCCUUCGACAAACCUGGCCGUCGUCCUACUGUCAUCCUGGGUACGGGAUAUGAUGGCUCCAUGGAAGACCUGUAUCAUACCAUGGGUGAGGCUUUGCUGCAACGAGGCAUGAAUGCUAUCGUGUAUGAGGGACCAGGCCAGCCAACUGUCCGUCGGUACCAAGACCUUGGCUUCAUCCCUGAAUGGGAAAGAGCCGUAACACCCAUUGUUGAUUAUGCGCUUUCUCGAGACGAUGUGGACGGCAGCAAGCUUGCGCUAAUGGGGUUCUCGUUUGGGGGAGUCCUUGCGCCUCGUGCCGCAGCCUUUGAGCAUCGUCUAGCAGCAGUGAUUGCCCUCGAUGGGGUCUUCGAUUUCGGUCAAGCAAUGUUCAAACAAUUUGGACCAGAAAUCACCGAGCUAUUCAAAGCUGGCAAGAAGAAGGAGAUUGAUGAAGCGGUCGCUCUGGCGCAGAACAACGCGAGCAUGCCUUCGACUCUGCGAUGGGGUAUCGAUCAGGGAGAGUGGUCAUUCAAGACUCACUCGGCGUACACGUUGCUGGAAAAGUCCCAAGGGUCCACGUUGAAGGGUAUCGUGGAUAAGAUCAAGGCGCCUGUUUUUGUAGGAGAUGGUCAGAAUGAUAUGUUCUUUCCUGGACAGGCGAAGGAGUUGACGAAGCAGCUUGGAAGUCGGGCAACGUAUCAGCUCUUUGAGACGGCUUCGGGGGCUGGACUUCAUUGUCAGGUUGGCGGUUACGUGCUGAUGAAUCAGGUUUCGCUUGAUUGGCUGGAGGAUGUUUUUGCGAAUCAGACCAGGCACAACUGA